AUGAGAGAAUGUCGCUCUUUGGAAAUGAUGCGUACCUGGCAUCAAGACUACGGCAAUACUUUUCAAACAAUCCUCGGGCGUACGCUUAUUGUUACCAUUGAACCAGAGAAUAUUCGAGCAAUUCUUUCUCGGAAAUUCGAAGACUUCGACCUGGGACAUUUCCGAAACAAGUCGUUGGAGCCCCUUCUUGGAACCGGCAUUUUCACAAGUGACGGUGAGGCCUGGAAGCACUCGAGAGCACUCGUCAGGCCAAACUUUCAACGUAAUUUAGUAGCCGAUGUGGAGGUGUACGAGAAGCACGUUUCCAAGCUCAUUAGCUGUUUGCCUAAAGAUGGAUCCAUGGUGGACCUUCAAGAUUUAUUCUUCCGGAUGACCAUUGACUCUGCUACGGAAUUUCUCUUUGGCGAAUCUGUGGAUUCUCUGGAUUGCAGCAGCUCGGAAGGGUCUGAUUUAUUUGCGCAGAAUUUCGAUAUUUCGCAGAAAGGCCUUGCCAUUCGCACUCGUCUGGGCCCUUUGAUGUUUUUGUACAGAGACAAAAAGUUUUUUCAGUCGACUGUAGAAGCACGACAGUAUGUACACCGGUUUGUUCAAAAGGCGAUUGCAUACCGAGCAGCUGUUGAUGCCGGAGCGGAAUCCGAAGAUUUGGCCCCUCGAUAUGUAUUCCUCCACGAGCUUUCAAAGCAAACACAAGAUCAAAAGGCCCUUACUGAUCAGCUACUGAAUAUUUUACUCGCGGGUCGUGACACUACUGCAAGCCUUCUUACCACCACCUUCUUCAUUCUCGCCAGAAGACCCGAUGUGUGGAAGAAAUUGAGAGCCGAGGUAUUGAUUUUGAAAGGCCGACGACCUUCAUUUGAAGAUCUCAAGUCCCUAAAAUAUCUCAAGUGGGUAAUAAAUGAAUCCUUGAGGCUAUAUCCCCCGGUGCCGGUCAACUCACGUACAGCUAACAAGGACACAUUUCUUCCUGUUGGUGGGGGCCCGGGUGGUAAUGAACCUCUUUUCGUACCUAAAGGGCGGAAAGUUCUUUACAGCAUUUACUGCAUGCAUCGCCUCCCCGAGUUAUUUGGAUUGGAUGCAACCGAGUUUCGACCUGAGCGGUGGGAGAAUCUCAAGCCUACAUGGGAAUUCAUUCCCUUCAAUGGGGGUCCCCGUAUCUGUAUUGGUCAACAAUUCGCCCUUACGGAGACCGCUUACACGGUCGUGCGUAUUUUGCAAGAGUUCAGAGAUAUCGAGAGUCGGGACCCGCAACCCUUCAACGAGAAACUGACGUUAAUCAUCACGAGUAAGAACGGCUGCAAAGUCUCCUUGACGCCAUCGUGA